AUGUCCCUCCGAUCAGCACUCGUCGCUGUCUGGGCUGCCUCGGCGACAGCACAAUUUAUACCCAGCAUACUAGGCAGCCGGGAUGUUUCCGGCUGUCCAAACACCCUGGCCGUGUCGUAUCCAGCCCCCGUGGCAGCCAAGGGUUGGACAUAUAGACUCGUUGCCAAGGGCUUCAAGAAGCCCCGGAGCAUUGUUUUCGACGACAAUGGCGGCCUGCUGGUUGUGGACGCCGGCGUUGGCCUGUAUAGAUUGACGGUUGACCAGGAUAAAGGGGAGACGUGUGUGGUUAUGAGCUCGCCCAAGACUCUUGUCAACAGCACCGAGCUAAACCAUGGCCUGGCGCUCUCCAACGACGGCAAGGUCCUCUACGCAUCUUCCUCGUCGAGGGUAUACGCCUGGACGUACGACAGCAAGGCCGCCACCGUCAGCGACACCAACUACACCGUCGUCGCCAACAUGAGCGACACGGACAAGACCACCCGCACCCUGCUCAUGUCCCAGAGGAGGCCGGGCAUGCUUGUCGUGUCGCGCGGCACCGUCAACGACCAGGACAACAAGGCGCGCAACCCCAACUCCGGGCACGCCCAAAUCCGCGCUUUUGACGUCUCGUCCCAGCGCAAAGGCAGCGAGCCGCACGACUUUAUGGACGGCGUCCUGCUCGGCUCGGGGCUUCGCAACUCGGUUGGCGUCGCCGAGGAUCCCGCAACGGGGGGCAUCUGGUCCGUCGAGAACUCGGUCGACGAGCUGGCGAGGAACGGCAGGGACAUCCACGCCGGCAACCCCGGCGAGGAGCUCAACUACCACGGCGUGCUGGACGAUCCCUCGACCGACAAGGACCGCGGCGGCAACUACGGCUUCCCAAUGUGCUAUGCGCUCUGGAACACGACUGGCUUUCCGGACCUGGGCGGUCUCAAGCCCGGCGACCAGUUCCCCGGCCCGGACGCCGAGACCUUUACCGACGCAACCUGCGCCAAGGACUAUGUUGCGCCGAGACUGGCCUUGCAGGCACACGCCGCGCCUCUCGACAUCAAGUUCACCAAGGACGGCGCCAAAGCCUUUAUAUCUUUCCACGGAAGCUGGGCCACCACGAACCCCGUCGGCUACCGCAUCUCAUCCGUAGCCUUCGACACCUCCAAAGGCGAACCCUCGGCCCAAAAGUCGUCAACCGAUGCCGCCGUGGAUGUCCUGUCCACACCAGACCUGGCAAAGUGCCCCGAUGCAUGUUUCCGGCCCGUCGGCCUGGCAUGGGAUUCCCAGGGCCGUCUGUGGUUCAGCUCCGACAGCACGGGCGAGAUAUUUGUUCUGCAUCAAAACGGCACGUCGAGCGGUGGAGGCGGCAGCACCGGCUCGCCUUCGCUCGUGGCAGACAAGGCGGCGGCCUGGGCGGUGGUUUUGGCCGCCAUUGUGGCCGGGUUGUUUUUGGCAUAG